AAGCUCUCUCAUUGCUUGUUUGGAGAAAGGCCGCAAAAGACGCAGCAGUUCAUCUAAACUCUGUCUCUAGUCUCCUUUCUUUCAAACCUCACUCCCUCUGCCUCCGUACAACACGGACAAGGAACAACCUGGGUGUGAUCAAAGCCAGCUGAAACUCAAGUGUGAACGGUUUUCUGCAAUGGCGGGUUGAUGAGCGAGACGAAGAAGCAAAUGGGUAGCUCGGGAGAGAACGGAAUCGAUGCAUCGGAGGGUGGGUUGGUCUGGGUCCGCCGCCGUAACGGGUCGUGGUGGCCUGGCCGGAUAAUGGGUCUGCACGAGCUGUCGGAGAGUUCCUUGGUUUCUCCGAGAUCGGGGACUCCUGUUAAGCUCUUGGGUCGCGAGGACGCAAGCGUGGAUUGGUAUAAUCUUGAAAGAUCGAAGCGGGUUAAACCUUUUCGAUGCGGGGAGUAUGAUGAUUGCAUUGAAAAGGCAAAGGCAUCUGCUGCCAGCUCAAAUAAGAAAGCAGUGAAAUAUGCUCGCAGGGAAGAUGCUAUUCUUCAUGCUCUUGAGCUGGAGAGUGCUCGCCUCGGCAAGGAGUCGUUAAACUUCUGCUCUAGAUCAGAUACAUUAGGUGGUGAACCUGUUGGUUUGGCUGGAGAAUCACCGAUCAUAUCUUGUUCUGGUGAGGAUAAUGAAGACUUGGCUGAUGAUCUGUCUGACUCUGAAGACAACUCUAAUUCAUCCCUUGAAUUGCAUCAGUCUGAAAUAUCACUUGAAGAGCCAAAUCAAAAUGGUUCUUCCAAGAUGCAGUCUUUGCAGGGAAGGAGAAGAAGAACACCAAAUGAUUCUGAAGAUGAUGGAACAGAAGGAGUCAAGCGAAUGAGAGGGCUUGAGGAUUUGGGCAUUGGUGUAGUGCCAAAGACAAAGGUCCUGGGUGCAGGUACACCUGAGAUAGCCCAGCAAGAUGGUGCUUUGAGCGGCAAUUCAAACACAGGGAACUUCCUGGUGAAUGGAACUUUUGUCAAUGGUGGAAAGGGUCAUUUUUCCACACUGAAACGAAGGAGAACACAAGUAGCAAAUGUUCAUGAAUCAUUGAAAAGGAAAAAUCGACGCCGGCCAUUGACCAAGGUUUUGGAGAGUACGGCCAUGGUGUCAGUUCCGGCAAUUUGUGAUGGGCUUACUAGUUCAAUCAGUUCUCCAUCACUUGGGGUGACUUAUAGCAGCAACCCUUCAACAUUAUAUUCCAAUGAAUUACAGGAACGUUCUCCACUGGCAAAUCAUGUUUUUGUUAGUACAGAGGCUGCUUUUGAGAAUGGAACUUCAGCAGAUAUUCAGGAGGAUGGUCGUGAAACUUCUCAAACCAAUUACACAGUAAAGGAGAAUGAGGCUUCUGGCAUAUCAGGGCAAAUUUGGAAUGAUUUUUCUGAUAAAUUAUUUGAUGUUCCAUUUAUGAAGGUUGGAAGGGAGGAGAGACCUUUGACAGGUUUCUCACCUGUACUUGCUUCUUGUUCAUCUGGAAAGCCCGGAGUUGAUGUAUUGGGACAACAGUCUCGCCAUCUUGGUCAAUCUGAAGCCCUGUCAGCGAGAAAUGAGGGCUAUAGUACUGGUUUUACAAGUUCAAUUGCUGAUCAUAACAUUACUGACCUUAGAGCAGAGAUAGGUAGUUCAGAGUGGCUUUCAAAAGGAAAGAGGAAUUCAAGACAUGCUAGAAAAGAAGCCUUAAGAACACAUGUGGACAUGUAUGAUAAAUUUAGCACUCAUUUGGCUGGUGUAGAGAACUCUGAUGGAUACUCUCAGGGGACUGGUCAGAAAGCUGAUUGGAAUAUCACAGGAGCCCCUGUUGCUUCUUACAAUGGUACCUCUCAAGCUAGGUGCAAGCAAGUUGCCGAAGGCGAACUAGGCGGGUUUCGGGAUUUGAGCAAGCGUAUUAAGGGGACAAGAGACGUGAAGCUAUUGCCUGAUCGAUCUCUCACACCUCAGGUAUCGCUUCCUUAUCGUCAGCCUCGUUUACCCCUGGCCCCAAACCAUCCAAUGUUAGAUUGUCCUGGAAGAAAUAGUUGUUCUGAUGGUUCAUUAUAUGAUGUUAAGAUAGAAAUCAAAUCCAGCUACCGUCCACAACAUGUCCCAUUGGUUUCUCUUGCAAGUAAACUAAAUAGCCAAGCCUUUAUUGGACACCCUCUAACAGUGGAGGUUAUGCCUGAUGGUCAAUGCGAUGACAUGAUGAGAAUGUAUGGACCUGGCUUGGAAGGUGGGGACACCUCUGGUGUGGUGAAGCCAAGAAUAAAACCUUCCAAGAAACUGUCGCAAUUUUCUCGCAGUAAAUCUUCCAAAUCAAAAAAAUCUGGUCUACUAAAUAAGAAGACUCGAAAGCUGUCCUCGCUGACUGGGCAAAAGAAAUCAGAACGGAAGAAGGUUGGUACGCCUGUCGUAGCUUGUAUUCCCCUGAGUGUAGUAUUCAGCAGGAUUAAUGAAGCAGUAAGUGGCCAGGCGCGACCAGCUCACCGUGCACCACCAACAUCCAACCCAUAACUUGUUAUUGGGAAGGAAUUGCAGACAAUGGAUUGUGUGGAGAAUUGCUUCUUUGGUAACUUGAGAACUUUGGUAUAGUGCUUUAGUUUUGCAGGUGAUAACAUUUGCUUUAUCUAUAUUUGCUGCACCAGAUUUUUUUUCCAUGAAGGUGGAAUCUUCUCUGAAACUUGAAGACAUUUUACAUGUAGAACUGGUAGGAGCUGAAUCAUAAAUCAUAAUAACCUGAGGCUUCAGUUGGCUCUGUAAAUUAUGUAAACAUUAGCUGAGUUGUAAAGAUGGUCUAGUAUUAGGUGUUUUAAAAAAGUCAUUACAUGAAAAUAGGAUCUCAAAAAAGUUGUCUUCAUAUGGUACUCUCAUGUUGGGCAUGGAUAUUUAUUCUUGAACCCACCUGAAUUCUAUAGGUUUACAUGACUUGAAAAGGAAAUUGAAAUUGAGAAUA